GUCGCCGCCACCCCCGCUGCCGCCCUGCACGCCCCCUCCCCCAGACAACAGGCAAGCAGGUCGCAAUGACGUCGGGCCAGUGCAGCAUGCUUUUCGCGCGCCUCGCGUCAAACAUUGGCCGGGCGCAGGCUGCCCAGGAAUUGAAAUGGCUCAGACAGCACGCAUCAGGCGGGCACGCCCCCCUCCAGAAUCUACUGGCAAGGCGCGUCGCAGGCGAACCGCUGCAGUACAUACUGGGCUCACAGCCCUUCGGCGACCUCGAGAUCACUGUCCGGCCACCUGUCCUCAUUCCCCGACCGGAGACUGAGGACUGGACGAUACGCCUCUCCGAACUUUUGGCCAGGAAAGUGCGCAGGCGCGCGCCCAUCACUCUUUUCGACCUCGGUACAGGGACCGGCUGUAUACCUCUGCUGCUUUGCCACUUGCUACCGCAGGGGACGAUCCGUGCCCAUGGUUUCGAUCUCUCGCCAGAUGCGGUGGCGCUCGCGAACGAAAACGCGAAGACGUCGAACAUUCCCGCGGUAGCAUCCGGCCUCGUCAACACUUUCUCAGCCACCCUGGCAGACUUCGCCAGCGCACGCUUCCGCGCCGAUACCGCACAUGCCCUCCCAUGCGACGUCCUGACGUCCAAUCCGCCAUAUAUCAGCACGUCCGAGCCUCUUCCAGCUGAAGUCAAGGAUUGGGAGGACAGUCGGGCCCUCUUCGCUGGUGAGUCGGGUCUGCAGUGCUAUGAGGCGAUAGGAAAGCUCUUAGCGAGCCCCGGCUUCCUCGCGCCCGACGGACUCGUGGCCUUGGAAAUCGGGCAUACGCAAGCUCAGCCAGUGCGAGACAUCCUCGCGUCCGCAGGCUUGAGGGAGAUAGAGAUAUGGCAGGACCCGUGGGGCAAGGACCGGACGGUCGUAGCGCGCGGCGAUGGUGCCGGGGGCGGCGAGGGCGGCGCUUAAGAACGUCGGCCACUGGUCGGGCGACGAUAUACCUCCGCAAAAGGCACGUUUUCCCGCCCUCCGGCAUUGCGCAACCUUUCGCCCGCCGCCGCACCCUUGCCCUACGGGAGCUAUCGUCCCGCCGGUAUCGAGAAUAUUCUCCUGGUCAAUAUACUUCCACGUUAUCUCCUGUCAGCGAGCGCAAAUUCAGUGUCCUCCCCCUGAACGAUUA